AUGUCAAAUGGCAGAGAACUUGGGGACAUUUACGGGGAAGUGAUCAAUCUCGCUCAUCCAGGGGUUCCUCUCUUUGGCGGGGUUCACGGUCCUGAGGGCCCUCCAGACGGCGCUGUUGCACUUGAAGCCGGAGCCGAAGGCGAUCUGCCAGGCUCGGUCCCCCUUCUUGAUCCUCCCUUUGCCCUCGGUGUAGGCCAGCUCGUACCAGAGGGAGCUGCUCGAGGUGUUCCCGAAGCGGUAGAGCGUCAUGCGAGACGGCUCCAGGUGCCAGUCCGACAGGUGCAGGUUCUUCUCGAUCUCGUCCAGCACGGCACGCCCUCCGGCGUGGAUGCAGAAGUGCUCGAAGGCCAGCUUGAAGUCCGGGAUGUAGGGCUUGAUCUUCAUCUUGAAGAGCUUCUUCCCCACCAGGGUCGCGAAGAAGAGCAGCUGCUCGGACAUGGGGAGGACGAGGGGGCCCAGCGUGGUGAUAUUGGUCUUCAGGGCGUCCCCCGCGACGGCCAUCAGGUCCUUGGACAGGGAGACCCCGAUCUUGCCCUCUCCGUCCUCCUCCUGGGUGACGCAGCCGAAGCACUUGUCGUCCCCUCCCUUGUGGGUCCGAACGGUGUGAACCAGCUGGUACUUGGAUCUGCGCCGGUCCGACCUCCGGUUGGACAGCAUGAUCGCCGCCCCGCCCAUGCGGAACAAGCAGUUGGAGACUAGCAUCGACCGGUUGUUGCCGAAGUACCAGUUCAGGGUGAUGUUCUCCAUGCUGACGACCAGGGCGUAGGAGUUGGGAUGCACCUGGAGAAGGUCCUUGGCGAGGUCGAUGGAGAUGAGGCCGGCGCUGCACCCCAUUCCCCCGAGGUUGUAGCUCAGUAUGUUCCCCCUGAGCUUGUAGUGGUUGAUGAUCAUGGCGGAGAGGGACGGGGUCGGGUUGAACAGGCUGCAAUUCACGAUCAGGAUGCCGAUGUCCUUGGGCUUCGUGUUGGUCUUCGCAAAGAGCUCGUCGAGCGCCCCGAACAUCACCGUCUCGGCUUCCUUCCUGGCCUCGGCCAUGCAGGGAUUCGGAGGAACGUUCAGAAUCGCCUCGGGGAGGUAAGUGGACUCGCCGAGGCCGGAUCUCUCCAGGAUCUUCCGCUGGAAAUCCAGGUUCUCCUCCGUGAAUGUCCCCGUCAGCCGGGACCUCUCCAUGAAGAUCUGGCGGGUGCACUUGCGCGAGUCCUCGGGCUUAUAGCAGGAGAAAUCGACGAGGUAGACGGGGCGGGGCCGGGUGAGGAAGUAGAGGGUGCAGAGGAACACGAGGAGGGCGGAGCAGAGGAGCACGGAGACGAGGUUGAAGCGAAGGUGGUUCCAGAGGUCGUCGAGAUCAUUAGGGGAGAAGGUGGAGAGCUGCGCGACGAUGACGCCGAUCAGGGGGAUCAGCACGAGGUACAUCCCGUGGGUGAUAAGGUAGUGGUACCCCAGCUUCACAUACUUCAAUUUGACGGACUGCUUGAAGUCGGGGAGGCUACUCGACGAUCUCUGCGGCGAAGGGGCCUCCGCUCUCGUCUCGGCCAUCCUUUCCUUCAGAGGGAGCGACGUACGGCGAGCGGCGAAUUCAGGCGGACUGGACCGAGGGAGACCCCGGGCAGCUGGGGUAGACGAGGAGAUCCGAGAAUAUGUCUGCGCUCUCGCAGAGACGCAAUUUCCUGCGAUUGGGGAAGAAAAGAGUGA